CUCUGGGGAUUGUUAUUUUAUUCCAAUGAUCAGGAAAGAGAGAGCGAGAGAAAAAUCACCAGCCCAGCAAUAAUGCAGGAGGCCUAAAGGUAUCUUCUCAUGAACAGUUGUGUUUAUACUUUUUACCAAGGAAUGUAGCUGACUAUUUCUUUCUUGGGGACUUUUGCCUCAGUAAAUCCAGCUAUGGCAAGGAAUUGUUCUGGAUGCAAAGAGAAGAGGCCUGCCCACAGUCUGUGUACGAACUGCAACAAAUGGCUCUGCAGCUUGUGUACAGAGGAACACAGACACAGCAAAGAAUCAGGAGAGCAUUUCCUGCCUAUUCCACUGAAGGGGUAUUCAGGAGCUGAUGGGGAAACAAGUGAAUUACCCUUGUUUUGCCCAAUACACAGUCAAGAGACGCUCAAACUGUUUUGUGAGACCUGUGAUGUCCUUACUUGCCGCUGCUGCCUUCUGACAGAGCACAAAGAACACAGGUUCAGGCAUCUUCAUGAAGCUUUGCAGAACCAAAGAACCAUCUUGGAAAAUGUCACAGCUAAAGUGGAAGAGAAAAAAAAUGGAGUGCAGGUCUCAGCCAAGCAAAUUGAAGACAGAUUAUUUGAAGUAAAACACCUGCAAAGAAAAGUGGAAAACCAGAUAAAAAUGGCCAAGAUGGUCCUGAUCAGUGAAAUAAAUAAACGAGCAAAUGUUCUCCUUGAACAGCUAGAAAGGAUCUCCAGUGAAAGGAAGCAGAAACUGGAACACCAGCUUCAGGGAGUCAUGGUGCUUAACAGACAGUUUGAACAUGUGCAAAACUUUCUCAGUUGGGCAGUGUGCAGUAAAAAUAGUGUUCCAUUCCUCUUCAGUAAGGAAUUGAUUGUGUUUCAGAUCCAACGUUUGCUAGAAACAAACUCUAAUGCAGACAUGAGUCCUCCUUGGAAGGUCAGAUUCACAUGGGACCCAUCUUUCUGGACUAAACAACUCUCCAAUUUAGGCCACUUGUCAAUGGAGGGAGCACCAAUGCACCACUCAGAUGGAUCAGCAUAUGGAAGUAUGCAAGGCAUGCAGCCCUCUUUGUAUCAUCACAAUCAUGGACACCAUUCUCCAGCACCACAGCAUGACUCUCUCAGUAACCAGUCACACCAAUUCCAUCCUCCAGUCCACUGCCCAAUACCCGUGUGCUGCACACACUGCCUUAAUAGCCCACAUAUGAGUAAAGGACAGCUUCCUCAUCAAACCCUGGGUCAUCAUCAGUCUUUCCGACAGCCUCCUGAAAUGCAGCACCACCAGCAGCACCUCUCUCUGCAAUACAACCUGCAGCAACCUGACCGAGAGCAGAGGUGUUCCUUGCGACCCUUGAAGACACUGCAGCCUUGUGCAGAGCAGAAAUCUCACCAGGAGCUUGAUAGCCUAUCAUCCAGGAUGGGGAAGCAUCUCGAAGACCAGCCAAUGCACCAUGCUGCCCACAGCCUUUAUGCUUCGCCAUCACAGGAUGGUCAACAAGGCCAGGCUGGCCAUGCCCCACAACCAGUCCCAUCUGCUGUGCAUAGUCCCACAGUGCCAGUUCAACUCAGUCCACUGCAGAAGCUAAAGCUGACUCAAUUGCAGCAGCAGCAACAGCUGCAGCAGCAGGAACAGCCACUACCUCCACCAGAGCUAUCACCACAACAGUCACUUGCUUCAGGUCCCAAUGAGAAGACACACGAUCAAGUGAUACAGCAGAGUUUGGACAUCAUGCAUCACCAAUUUGAACUGGAGGAAAUGAAGAAAGAUUUGGAGCUGCUCCUCCAAGCCCAGCAACCGAACCUGCAGCUGAACCAGGCUAAGCAGCCCCAACAUGUCCAACAAACAAUUGUUGGGCAGAUAAACUACAUUGUGAGGCAGCCUGCUGCAGUUCAGCAGCAAAGUCAGGAGGAAGCACAAGUUGAUGAAGAUUCUGUUGAGCCAGAAGCCUCAAAACCAGCACUCCCCCUUGAUAGAAACGUGAAUCCAUCUAUAUCUCAGCCAUUAGAAGAAGCUAUUGUCAGUAUUCACUCUCCAGAGAGUACUUUGACUCCAGCCAGAAAGCGAUCAGCUUCCCUGGGCUUUCCAAAUGCUUUAGAUGUGGACUUGUCUUCUACAAGGUUUUCUAAGUCAUCUGACCCACAGACUAAAGAAAUCUCCAGUGUAACAUCUGGCCAGUCCCAAAGUAUGCCAACUACCUCUGAUGUGCCACCUGAAGCUGUGCCUCAUUAUAGCCUGGCAUUGGAUAGGAGUACAAACGAUCUGGCCUUGAACAAGAUUGACCACGUAACAACUGGUGGGAUGCCACUGGUGAGCACAGUGUGCAAGCUGGAAAGUGAAGACUUUGCUUCUGCAAGUUACUCUCAUGGAAGUGACUCCACCACUACAGAGUCAAAAGACAUUGAUGCAUUCACUCUUCCUAUACAUAAUAUUCUGGAAGAACCAAUUAAUCUUUCAGUGAAGAAGACUCAGCCAUGUGUCCCUCCUCCCAUACCCAUCACCAACACUGAUUGCAUGCAGUUACCAAAUCCAAGACAUAGUGAAGAUUGCCAUAAUUAUGAAGAGAAGCAUUUUGAUAUGGAAAAUAAAAGCAAUCAGAGCAACAGAGCUUAUGCCAAAGAGGUGAAAAUCCCUUACGUGAGACUAGAACGACUGAAGAUACACACAUCAGAGUCUGGAGAGCUUCCAGUAUUUAAACUACAACCACAGAAGAAUGAACAUGAUGGGACUUUCCUGCUGAUAAUUGAAUGUGGUACUCAGUCUUCAAGCAUGGCUAUAAAGGUCAAUCAAGGAAAUCCACCUGAAAAACUGAAUCCCAAGUCUGAGAACCUGGAAGAAAGAAGGAUCCCUGGAAGCCAACCACCUGAGCAAACAUUACUUCCUUUUGUAGAUCAUAGGCUGAGUAAUAGCAUUAAAAAAUCAGUGCUUUCAGAGGAAGACCAUCCCAUUGAGAAUGAGGACUUCUGUGCUGUGUGUCUGAAUGGAGGAGAGCUAUUGUGCUGUGAUUACUGCCCAAAGGUGUUUCAUCUUUCAUGUCACAUUCCUGCUUUGCUCAGUUUCCCUGUAGGGGAAUGGGUGUGCACACUUUGUCGCAACGUGGAGAAGCCAGAGGUGGACUAUGACUGUGAAAACAAUCGUUUCACCUACAGUAACACACUUGUGCCAGCAAGAGAAAUGUAUGGUCUUGAUGACUAUGACCAAAAGAAGUGUGAGAAACUGGUACUUUCACUGUUCUGCAAUAACCUGAGUCUUCCUUUUCAUGAACCAGUCAGCCCUCUGGCUCGACAUUAUUAUCAGAUUAUCAAAAGGCCCAUGGACUUGUCAACCAUCCGGAAAAAGCUCCAGAAAAAGAACAAACUGCAUUACUCCACCCCUGUGGAACUUGUAUCAGAUGUACGUCUUAUGUUCUGGAACUGUGCAACAUUCAACUAUCCUGAUUCAGAGGUUGCUGAGGCUGGACGAUGCUUGGAAUUGUUCUUUGAAAGCAAAUUGAAGGAGGUUUAUCCAGAAAAGCAGUUCUUGUUGGUACAGCAAGAUGACUCUGAUUCAGAGGAGGUGGAGCAUGAGACUAGCCAAGUGGCUGCCAAAGGAUUCCAGUGGCCCUCCUACAGACAAGAGUGCAUUCAGCCAAAAAGAAGGCGACGGCAUGCUGAAAGUGAAAAAACUAAAAGACCAAUGUUUUGGCCAGCUAAAGGUCUUUCUCAAGUGUGACCUCGGGAUUCCUCCUUAGUAUGCUAUGAAGAAUAAAAGAAUCAAAGAACUGACUGUGUGAAAACUAACAAAAAAUGUCAUUUAGAUGUUUCACUUGGACUGCACUCUAGUGGUUGAUCAACUUCAUUUCUAUACUCUUUGAGAAUAUUACAUUUUCAGCAUAAUGGAGUUUUAAUGGCUUGUCUCCCAGCUAUCUGUUUUAUCUAAUAAGUUGUAUUUACACUAAUAUUUCAGUCAUAUGCAAUAAUGAUUAAUAAUAAAAAUAGAGAAAUUGUUAUACUAUUCUUAAGAGUUAUUUUAUACAUUCACAUUAUAGAUUGCAGCUACCAUUGGUCUUCUGGCAAUCAUACUAUUUCAGAGCACCAAAGACUCCACCCCUGUUUAGAUUGGAUUAGGGGCCAUUUUACCAUUGGGAGACCAUUUUCUUCUAUAUUGAACAAAAUAAGUUCCAUAUUUUUCUGGUGUGAGAAAUCUACUUCCCACUGUAAUUUCUAUCCUUGCAAUGUUGUCUUGCUAAUCUGUGGGCUUCAGUUGAAGCAGUAACUGACUAUGGCCUAAGAAGGUGAUUACAUGUUCUUUUUCAUCGGUUUACUGGUAGACCAGACUAUGAUUUUGGAAGAAAUAAAGUGAGAGAGUUGAAAAUCUACUCAUUAUUUCUAGGUUGAAAAUGUGAGGUUGUCAGUUCUAGUGUAUGCAGAAUGACUGUGUACUAGAAGUGAACUGGUGUAACGGUCUUUUGAGAGUAGUGGGUUUGAUGCGCAUCUGAUGCCAGGAGUGCACACAAUACCUGGUUUCAGGUUCUUGUAGUCUUUUGGUUGAUCUUACUUUAAAAUGGGGGGCAAGACAGUGCUGGAAGGUGGCAUUUUUGUUUUAUAUGGACUUUGUGGACAUGUUCAUCCUCUUGCUUGAUUGCUGUCAGAUAUUUAAACUGUCCUGUUAGUGGAGAUUGGGUAUGCUUGCAGUGUACUGAAGUGGUCUUCUUUUUAUGUUUCAUAUCUUUUUUUGUUUCCUUUCUUAAAAUUAGUGUUUUCAUGCCUCCAAAGGGAAGUGAUUCCUCUGUAAAUUUACUUUGUAGAUUUGCUGUAACUUAAAGAGAGCUCUUUAGCACAGUCUACAUGGCUUUAUUGAAUAUGGUAUCCAUGGAUGUCAUAAUAGAGAACUCUUUAAGUGAGAGUUUAGAGAACUUAGCAACACCUGAAUAUUUUUCCUGAUGCCAAUGUUAAUGUUGUUCGACAUAAUACUGUAGAAAACUGUGAUCUCUUUUCAUAUUAUAUAAUAAACCAAUCACUAAAAACACUGUAAACUGUUAAGCUAUGUCCUUUGCCUGCAAAUGUUUUGGAUAAUGUUUCAUACAUGAUUAAUUAAGGGUCUGAUGGCAUGUUAGGCUAUGAAUAAUGUCAGGUUUUGCACGCUUUACCUUGUUAGCACUGGUUGAUAUGUUCUGCAUAUACCUUCAGUUAUUCUAAUGUCACUUUGACAGAUAGCAUACU